AUGGAGCUCUCCCGCCUGCCGCCGGUCCUGCUGCUCUGCUUGCUGGCCAGCUCGUCGACGACGGCCCUGCCGGCGCUGCCCGGGAUGGACCAGGUGCGGCAGCAGGUCGACAGGGCAAACAGGCGCGGCCCGUCCAUUGGUCUCGUCAUGUCGUACGUCGCCGAGGACACCGCGCUCCAGGCCUCCGGCUACUUCAGGCCUUGGCGUGUCCAGCCUUUCGUUGACCUCUACGGUGAGUCUCCGCCUCCCGUUUCUGAUCCGAAUCGCUUUCGGCUUUCCUGUAGAUUGAGCAAACAGUGGUUGAAUGCAGCUGUCACUGUACAAACUCUCCUCGAUGUCUUUACCGUGUCUGGUAUUGUCCAUUAUGGCACAGCAGGCAGCUCUAAUGAUUCAAUGUCAUUUGGAGAUGUCAGUGUCCCCAAGUUAGUUGCUUAUACAGGCGCUUGGACAUGGAAGAAGUACAAAUCACUUAAAGAAGAGUCAACAGAACUAAACUUUGGACAAUUUAACGUCCCGAAUGGAGGAGAGAACCUGCUAGGGUCUCUGAAAUACAGAAAUGAGGAGCUAUACUCAGUUGGCAAGCCCAUGGAAGAAGUUUUCUGGUUACCUGUAGAUUCAGCAUGGUUCAAAAUAGCAGAAGGACUUAAGGUCAACCUUGAAAGGUGUAAUGAUACUUUUUGUUUACCUAAAACGCCACAAGUGGUUCAUGGGCUAAAAGGAGCAUCAGCUGACAUGUUUCUAGACAAUGCAGAAUACCGGAAGUUCCUUUUCAGAGAAUUUGCAGUGUCAACAAUAGAUGAGGAAAGCGCAGCAGUGGUGAUGACAACAACAUCUCCUGGCGUACCUGUGAUUGUGUUCCGGGGAGUAUCGGAUCUGGCUGGAGGGGAACCAACAUGGUCAUCAACAAGCCUGAUGAACCUGGCAUCUAUUAAUGCACUCAAAGUGGCAGUGGAGUUCAUUGCUACAAUUGGCAGGCAGAUGUCAACACCAUCAGCACAAAGUUCAAAAAACUGA